AUGGCUGAAGAUACUGAGCUAUGGGGUGCCAUAUGUGAUGGACCCUUUGUCCCUACCAAGAACCUUGGCGAUGCAGCUGUAGCCAUUCCCAAGACAAGGAAAGAAUUCAAUGAUGCUGAUAUAAAGGCCAUAGAGAAGAACUUUCGUGCAAAGAAAAUUCUGGUGUGUGGCAUUGGUCCUGAUGAAUACAAUAGGAUAUCGGCAUGUCAGUCAGCCCAAGAAAUCUGGGAAGCCCUUCAGAUACCUCACAAAGGAACAACACAGGUCAAGCAAUCCAAAAUCGACAUGCUCACAACUAAAUACGAGCACUUCAGGAUGAAAGAUGAUGAAUCUGUCCAAGAUAUACAUACCCGGUUCACCUCCAUCAUUAAUGAGCUUCACUCUCUUGGUGAAACUAUUCCAAGAAACAAGAUGGUUAGAAAAAUCCUAAAUGUGCUGCCCAGUUCCUGGGAAAGCAAAGUGAACGCCAUUACAGAGGCAACGGAAUUGCAGGAGCUAACUAUUGAUGAGCUUGUUGCCAAAAGGAACCUGGUUCCUGAUAAACGCUUCAAUAGAAAAGAUGUCGUUGACAAUGUCGUGAGACAAGCUCUUGCUGCAUGGGGUAAUGCGUCAAGUGAAUCUGGAGAAGAUGAUGAAGUUGAAUUAGGAGAAGUAGAACAGUCUAAAGAUGACAUAGUAGUAGUUGCGGUUGAUUUAAGGGAGAUAAUUGAGAACCUGAAGAAAGAAAGAUAUGAUCUUAUGACUGUUGUGGUGGACCUAAAAGAGACCAUUUUAGAAUUGGUCGUAAUGGAUUUGAAGGAAACAAUUGGAGAACUUAAAAUGGAGAGUAGGCCUGAAAAUUCUCAAAAAGGAAAGGAAGUUGCAAGCGAGACACACAUUAAGCUUAAAA